AUGGAGCGUCUCUGCUCCCCACUGGCCUUAGCACUGCUGGCGAUAACCCUGCUGCAGGGUGCUCAGGGGAGUUGGAAUCAGUCAGGAUGCUGGGAGCCGGGACUUGGCCGUAUCAUGGGGGGGCAGGAUGCCAAGAAGGGUAACUGGCCCUGGCAGGUCAGUGUGCAAGAAGAUGGAGCCCACAUCUGUGGAGGAUCCCUCAUCUCAGCCCAGUGGGUGGUGUCAGCUGCUCACUGCUUCAAUCGCUCUCUCCCUGACUCUGCCUAUCGCAUGAACCUGGGGGAGUACCAGCUCUCCAACCCCUCCCCCACCCAGAUCUCGUCCCCCGUGAAUCGCAUCAUCAUCCACCCCAACUACAACGAGAGCACGGACAUCGCCGACAUCGCCCUGGUGCAGCUGACAGAACCUGUCACCUUCACGGACGAAAUCCGCCCCAUCUCCCUGCCGGGCCCCCCCACCCAGUUCCCAGCAGGGGACGUGUGCUGGGUCACUGGGUGGGGCCGCACUGGGUCAGCGUAUACGCUUCCGCUGCCCCAGACACUCCAGGAGGUGCAGGUUCCUCUCGUCGAUGUGUCGACCUGCAGAGAACACUAUGGGGAAUGCAGCCUUGGGAUCGAAGAGGACAUGCUGUGCGCUGGGUCCCUAGGAGUCAGUCGCGAUAGCUGCAAGGGAGACUCUGGGGGGCCUCUGGUCUGUCCAAGGAAUGGCAACUUCCUCUUGGCUGGGAUCGUCAGCUGGGGGGCUAACUGCACGGACUCCUCAACCCCCAGUCCCGGGGUGUACACCCAGGUCUCGUUCUAUGCCAACUGGAUCCAGGAGGCGCUGCAGGAGGUUCAGGUCCAGCUGAUCGACACUGCAGCCUGCAACACCCUCUACAACAUCAACCCAGCCCCGAACAUCGGCAGGGACCCCGUCAAACCUGAUAUGAUCUGUGCCGGCUACGCUGAAGGGCAGAGGGACUCCUGCCAGGGUGACUCUGGGGGGCCGCUGGCCUGUGACUACAAUGGGACCUGGUUCCUGAUGGGGAGUGUGAGUUGGGGGGACGGCUGUGGCCAGCCCAAUCGUCCCAGUAUCUAUGUCCGGACAGUGGCCUAUGGUGAAUGGAUAUGGGGGCACGUGGUCUCCGGGGGCCAAGCCACCACCAUGGAGAACAGCACCUCUGGAAUAAAUGAUGCCAGACCCUCCUUCAGCACCUACACGCUUCUCUUCACUACUCUCUUGAUGUCACUGUGA